AUGGCCAAGACCAGGACCAAGAAAUUUAAACCUUGUACGGCCAAAAAUGUGUCACCUGAUUGCAUGCCAGUCUUCGAGGCAAAAGAAAAGAUUAUCCUCAUGGUCAUGCUCACCGAAUUCACGGAGCAAAGCAAAAACGCCUUUUUGGAGCAUUUGGAAAACGGAUAUCAGAAGGUUGUCAAAGGCGGCAUCAGGUUCCAAACAUGGACUCCUUCCAAACGCCUUCUUAGUUCAAUUGCUCUACAGAGUUCUUGUCGAGACAGUCAGGCCAACAUCCAUGCCCUUGCCAUGCUAGCCCACCGGUCCGGACUGAAGUUCUUAUCUGGCACGAGCUUUGUUGUUGUCGAUGAUCUCACCAAACGUUGCUGGCAUGGUACCCACCGGGUUGGAGAGCUGGGCAGAAUCUCACUGCUUAUGGUCGGUGUUCGGGAAGAGGAGAUUGAAGCGUCAGGAUGGAUAUCUCCUCCGCCGGGUGUUCAUGUGACGGUUGGUCGCUUUUCUGAGGUUACAAAUGAGUCCAAUCGAGAGUCAGCUGAAUGUCGAAACCCGUAUCGGCAUCUUGACUCGGACUCGUGUAGUGGUAAUGACAGUGUGGACUCGGACUCGGACUAUUGUGGCGAUUACUCAAAGUACGGUAUGUUGCCACUAGUUAUGGAUCAAAUCCGCCGUGGGAAACAUUUCCUCGAGUGGGGAUCUAACGGUAAACUCGCCGAACUUUGGCACGCGAUGAAAUACGAAAUUGGAUGGUCUGAAAUUAGUGAUGGUGAUCAAGGCAUGUACCUUCAUGAUCCCGAUCAAAAGAUGUUCUCCACCGAAAACCCGGCCUCUUCGACAAGGCAGCAGUAUCUAAAAACCGCAUGGUCAACUAUUUCGUCUCGUCUCCCACCAGAGUUGUCCACUGAGAUAAUCUCUCUGGCCGACCUGACUCCGUCCCUCAGAGUACCCUUAUGGAAACACCGACAGAGCCAGGAACAUCUGCACAUCUUCUUAAUGUUUCCAACCACAGAGAGUGAGCUCCGUGAAGCACAUUUUCUUGUUCAUGGCGCUUUCCAGCAGCGAUUGAAGGAUCAUGAGGAUGUGCCAAUAACAGCAGAGCUCAUCCCCCUCCAUCGCCACAAUAUGAGAACUCGCCGUGAUGUGGUGGCAUUCUUGCAGGAGUAUCAUACGCAUGAACCAGAUGAAAGAUACGAUGAGUCAGUAUCGUUGAAUCUCAUACUCAGCCCUCUCCAAGACAACACCCUCAACUUUCCCCACUGUGCCAUUGUCUUUUCUAUCCCUAGAAAACCGACGUUGAUGCUGAGGACUUCGUUCAACACUUUGGGCACACUGCCCAGCUCUGAAUUAUCGAUCCUUUCUCACAAUGCUUGUAAGGAAUACAAUAUCGAUCUCAUCGAAGCCACACAUCAUCCCGACCAGCCAUUUUAUUGGAACCCACCCAUCUGGAUGCCAGGGGGCACAUCAGUGGCCAAUGAAUGUCUCCUUAACAAUAGCUGCAUCUCAGUGUUUUACUUAACCAAGCACCUGACGGCAUCCGAAGAUCGGGUCCUUCGAAAGGAAAUACAUAAAGUGAAUGGGCAGGACAGAUAUGACCUUGAUCCCGAAGAUUCCCCAGAUGAAUUCGAUUUAGAGGACGAGCCAGAAAAGAUGGUCUGUUUUGUUCCCUGGGAGCGCGACGAAGAUGGAACUCUGGAUGACAUCUGGAACAUCACUCUUGAAAUUUACAAACACGAAGGCUAUGGUCGGCAGUUUACCCGCUUCUUUUGCCUCGAUCGACAGUCUGUUGUGGACCGAACACUCAUCAUCGUUGAGCCCGACUUCUAUCUGCCCGGGAGGAGGGUCCAAGAUGAAGGGGAACUGUUGCAGGGCAUGAAGGCUCCUAUGCUGGCAGGAUUCCGUUACAACCGCGUAUCAUGUGAGGAUGCCCAUGAAACCAAGAUCGAACUUGAGCGAUGUGCUCGGCUCAUUGAAGAGGUGGGCGAAUCUGACGACGAAGGGCAACACUUUGUUCGUCCCGGUUGGCCUGACCCUGUCCUUCUUCCUCCUACUCACCCCUGGAGGCUGGAUUGGCCCGACCCUGGAAAGCCUGGCACUAUACCAAUAUGGGCUUUAUUCCGCGAUUUUGCUGAUGCUAACGGUGUAUCGGAAGACUGA